AAAAAAUAAAAAAAAAGGGAGGGAGGAGAUGCAUGAUUUCUGCUUCACGAUCCCGUAUGGGCUAUUGGUGAGCGUUGGUGGCCUCAUGGGCUACACCAAGACAGGGAGCACUGCGUCUUUGGCCGGUGGCGUUGGCUCCGGCAUCCUCCUCCUCCUCUCUGGAUUUGUCAGCCUCAGUGCUUUUGAGAAGCGCAGGAAUUCUUACCUCGCGUUCUUCGUCGAAACUGAUUCAAUUUGUUCGCUGGCAUUAACAUAUGUUACAGGACAAAGGGUACUUCAGACCUUGAAGAUAAUGCCAGCGGGCAUAGUUGCUGCCCUCAGUGCAAUUAUGACUGCAUUAUAUCUCUACAAGAUUGCAACUGGUGGUAACCAUAUUCCUGUUAAAUCUGAGUAA